AUGACUGCUCCUAUAACCCAACAACAGUCGGCCCAGGCCAAAGACGCUGCCGCUGCCGCCUCUAUACGGAAGCGGAGAAGACGCGCUCCCGCAGGUGGUGCCGCCGAUGACUGCUUUACCUGCUCCAAGAGAAAUGUCAAGUGCGAUCGCAGACGGCCCUACUGCUCGCAAUGUCUCGAAAUCGGCAACGAGUGCUCUGGCUACAAGACCCAACUGACCUGGGGAGUUGGCGUUGCCAGCAGAGGCAAGUUGCGCGGCCUAUCUCUUCCCAUCGCGAAAGCGCCCCCCGUCGCUGGCGUCGCAAAGAAGUCGCCCGCGCGUCCCCGCGCAAACUCGACGGCCACCACCGCAGCAUGGGCCGACGCCGACGACAUGUCUCGAAGGAGUACGCGCGACGAUGCCGGCUUCUCGCCGGAGCACGUUGUCUCAACACCCACGACGCCCUUCCCUCACAACUACGACAUCCUGUCCAUGUCACACCCCGAGCACACGCCAUCCAUCACGGCAGGACACUGGGGCAGUCUCCCGUAUUCGAGCAGCAUGCCGACUGACGGGCCCAACUACCGGAAACUGGGGGCUCACUUGGGCCCCAUCCCCAUCUCAGGAGCUAUGUCGUCGUCCCUCGAUUCUGUCAGCGACGCCGACUACAUGUCGCCCAUGAGCCAUUCAUACUCGAGAGACGACAUUCCUUUUCUCCACAGCCCCAACGUCAUGUAUGACGGCUACAGCACCCAUGGCUCGCCAGUGCCCCAGAGCCCCAUCUCGGCCAUCCUCAUUGACCAGAGAGGAGCCCCUACAUCGUGCCCGAGCCUCGUAUACGCCCCGUCAGAACAUAGCUCGAGCCUCCCAUCGCACAUGGACAACUUCGAAAGUCACCUGAGCCAGAAACUGAUGCGGGAGUGUGAAACUCUGAGUGAGACGUCCUGUCCGGCUCUGCUUUAG